AUGGAAAACGCAACACAUAAUACGUCAUACGACGUAACCAUAGGGGCUACAGAUACCCAGCUCGUUGUUAUCAAAACUUUUACUGUUACCAUAGCAAUAUUGGGAACUCUUGGAAACACCAUCAUGAUUUCGGCUAUUUUAUAUGGAAAACUCUACAAAUUCUCCAUAUAUGUGAAAAUUCUUAACCUUCUUGUUUGUAAUCUCAUCCACUGUGCCAUAUUUCUACCUCUUAUAGCUAUCCAAGCGUUUACGGGACGUCUGAUGACGGAAAAUAUCGUCUGCAGCUUGAUUUCUUACGGACUGUUCUGCAACCUCGGUACGGAGUUGUUCGGAUACGUUUGUAUUUCUUUUAACAGAUACGCGUGUAUAAUCAACCAAAAACUAUACAAUAAACUGUACGGAAGUCCAUAUUUACUUAUUAUCGAAUGGAUAAUAUCGUGGUCGAUAUAUCCCGUGAUUCUAGCUUUCCCGCUUUUUGGAAUAUUCAGCCAUUACGAAUACGCCCCUAUGAAACUCGUCUGCCAUCCUUUUCUUGGAGUAGACUGUACCGGAUACUGCCUAUUUGUGUUUCUUUUCGCUAUUUUGACGACGGUACCCGUUAUAGGAUUUUGUUACCUACAAAUAAUCUUGGUGUACGUGAAACUCCAACGGAAGAUUGCUUCCAGUAGAGAUAAUUCUAAAAAUAGCACGGGAUCAGGUUCGCAGACGUCAAUUGAAAGGAAAAGCGGACAUGGCAGCAAGUACAUGACACACCGCAAAAAGGCAGAAAUUAAAAUGGCAUUUAUAAUUCUAGCCAUAAUCCUUUUCUUUGGAAUGUGUCGUCUGCCUUUUAUCACACUAUACAUCUACGACCCAUCGAUGGUGAAAGUAGAUCCAUUAAUUCAUACGCUGGUAAUAUACAUUGGGUCCAAUUUAAACUGGAUAAACCCAAUCGUAUAUGCUUUAACAAACACGCAAAUCAGGCAUUCCUUACAAAGCAUGGUGACUGCAUGGAAACGCAAAAUCUUCCCGACAAAAUUUUGA